GCCGAGCCCCGAGUGCGCGCGCGGCCAUGGUCCCCGAGGCGGCGCCGGGCGCCUGAGCCCCGGGACGCGAGCGCUGGAGGCGCGCGGCCGGCGGUGCGGGCGCGACGGAGAGGCCGCCAGAAGGGUCUCAUGAGCUGAUAGAGAAGCGCUUUCAGCCUUGAGUUUGAGACUGGCCGCCUGCCCGAGGACCAGGCAGGAAAGGAGACUCCCUCAUUCUGGUGAGCGCCGUGGGCUAUGGGAUGGAUGAGGUGGAGCAGGACCAGCAUGAGGCCCGACUCAAGGAGCUGUUUGACAGUUUUGACACGACGGGCACCGGGUCCCUGGGACAGGAGGAACUCACCGACCUUUGCCACGUGUUGAGCUUGGAGGAGGUGGCCCCGGUGCUCCAGGAGACGUUGCUUCAGGACAACCUCUUGGGCAGGGUGCAUUUUGACCAAUUUAAAGAAGCAUUAAUACUUAUCUUGUCUAGAACUUUGUCAAAUGAAGAACACUUUCAAGAACCAGCAUCUGUGGGUGUCAGCUGCCAACAAGUAGCUCGGGUGUCUGGGCCGCUCCUGAAUACUCCCAGACUGACACACUCUCUCCUGAUGAAAGACUGUUCCCUAGAAGCUCAGCCCAAAUAUGUUAAAGGUGGGAAGCGUUACGGACGAAGGUCCUUACCUGAGUUUCAAGAGUCCGUGGAAGAGUUUGCAGAGAUUGAGCCCCUAGAUGAAGAAGCACGGCCGUCGCACACCCCAGCCAGUGAUCGCCACGAGCACUGGAAGACACAGCGCAGUGAAGAGUAUGAAGCAGAAGGCCAGUUAAGAUUUUGGAACCCAGAUGACUUGAAUGCUUCACAAAGUGGGUCUUCUGCUCCCCAAGACUGGAUAGAAGAGAAACUGCAGGAGGUUUGUGAAGAUCUGGGGCUCACCCGUGAUGGUCACCUGAACCGAAAGAAGCUGGUCUCCAUCUGUGAGCAGUAUGGCCUGCAGAAUAUCGAUGGAGAGAUGCUUGAGGAAGUCUUCCAUAAUCUUGAUCCUGAUGGUACAAUGAGCGUAGAAGAUUUUUUCUAUGGCUUAUUCAAAAAUGGAAAAUCCCUCACACCAUCAGCAUCUACUCCAUAUAGACAGUUGAAAAGGCACCUCUCCAUGCAGUCCUUCGAUGAGAGUGGACGACGCACCACAACCCCAUCAGCAAUGACAAGUACCAUUGGCUUUCGGGUGUUCUCCUGCCUGGACGAUGGGAUGGGCUAUGCAUCAGUGGAGAAAAUACUCGACUCCUGGCAGGAAGAGGGCAUUGAGAACAGCCAGGAGAUCCUGAAGGCCUUGGAUUUCAGCCUUGAUGGAAAUGUCAACCUGACAGAAUUGACACUGGCUCUUGAAAAUGAACUUUUGGUCACCAAGAAUGGCAUUCACCAGGCAGCUCUGGCCAGCUUUAAGGCUGAGAUCCGGCAUUUGCUGGAGCGAGUUGAUCAAGUGGUCAGAGAGAAAGAGAAGCUACGGUCAGAUCUGGACAAGGCUGAGAAGCUCAAGUCUCUGAUGGCUUCAGAGGUGGAUGAUCACCAUGCGGCCAUUGAGCGGCGCAAUGAAUACAACCUCAGAAAACUGGAUGAAGAGUACAAGGAGCGAAUAGCAGCCUUAAAGAAUGAGCUCCGAAAGGAGAGAGAACAGAUCCUGCAACAGGUGGGCAAGCAGCGCUUGGAACUUGAGCAGGAAAUUGAAAAGGCAAAAACAGAAGAGAACUACAUCCGGGACCGCCUCGCCCUCUCUUUAAAGGAAAACAAUCGUCUAGAAAAUGAGCUUCUGGAAAAUGCAGGGAAGUUGGCAGAGUAUGAGAAUCUGACAAAUAGACUUCAGCGAAAUUUGGAAAAUGUGUUAGCAGAAAAGUUUGGUGACCUUGAUCCUAGCAGUGCUGAAUUCUUCCUGCAAGAGGAGAGGCUGACACAGAUGAGAAAUGAAUAUGAGCAGCAGUGCAGGGUAUUACAAGACCAAGUGGAUGAACUCCAGUCUGAGCUGGAGGAAUUUCGUACGCAAGGCAAAGUGUUGAGACUUCCCUUGAAGAACUCACUGUCCGAAGAACUUGAGGUUAACAGUGGUUGCAUUGAGCCUGAUCAGGGGCUUGGUUCUGAAGAAUGCAAUCCAUUGACUAUGAGCAUCGAGGCAGAGCUGGUCAUUGAGCAAAUGAAAGAGCAACAUCACAGGGACUUAUGUCGCUUAAGACUGGAGCUUGAAGAGAAAGUGCACCAUUAUGAAAAACAGCUGGAUGAGACCAAGGUCGCCUGGGAAAAGGAGCAAGAGAGCACAAAGCAAAAGUACGAGAAUGAGGCGCACAUCUUGGGAGAACAAAUAAAUGACCUUAAAAACGAAAUUGCGGAACUUCGGGGCCAGGCAGCGGUGCUCAAGGAGGCCCAGCAUACAGCCGUCUGCAGACACGAGGAGGAGAAGAGCGAGCUGCAGAUGAGGUGGGAUGAGGAGAAGGCUCGCCUGCGGGAGGAGCUGAGGCUGGAGCACGGGGUGGAGCUCGAGGCCCGCCUGCAGCAGGCCGAGGAGAGCUUCCACCGCGAGAGGGAAGGGCUCCUUCGGAACGGCGCCUGGACGGAAGAGAAGGUGAGAGGCCUGACUCAGGAGCUUGAGCAGCUUCACCAGGAGCAGCUGCAAAGCCUGAUGGAGAAGCACGCUCUCGAGAAGGAGGAGUUGCGGAAAGAGCUCUUGGAAAAGCACCAAAGGGAACUUCAAGAGGGAAGGGAAAAAAUGGAAACUGAGUGUAAUAGAAGAACCUCUCAGAUAGAAGCCCAGUCUCAGGCUGAUUGUCAGAAGGUCACCGAGCGGUGUGAGAGCGCCCUGCGAAGCCUGGAGGCGCGCUACCGCCAAGAGCUGAAGGAGCUCCUGGAACAGCAGCUGGAGGAGAGGUCCCAGUGGGAGUUUGAGAAGGACGAGCUCACCCAGGAGUGUGCCGAAGCCCAGGAGCAGCUCAAAGAGACGCUCCAAAGAGAGAGAGCAACUUCCCUGGUGCUGAGCCAGGAGAGAGAGAUGCUGGAGAAAACGUACAAAGAACAUUUGAGUAGUAUGGUCGUUGAAAGAGAGCAGCUGCUCAGAGACCUGGAAGAUCUAAGAAACGUGUCCGAAAGUCAGCAGAGCCUGCUGUCUGACCAGACACUUGAGCUGAAGAGCGGUGGUGAAGGAGCGCCAAGGGACCGGGAGCAGGUCCCGUGCCAGGCAGGCGCCUCAGGGCGGCAGGCCGCCAGCCAGCAGCUUGAGAAGCUGCAAACGGAACACGACCGGGAGAGGCAGGAAAUGAUGUCCAGGCUUCAGGCCAUGGAAAGUGUCCACAGGGUGACCUGUGAGAAAGCGGAUCAGGAGAGGGCCGAGAUGAGCACAGAAAUCUCUAGGCUGCAGAAUAAAAUCAAAGAAAUGCAGCAGGUGGUAUCUCCUCUCUCCAGGACAGAGAGUGGCUGCCAGGCAGUGGGCGGGGAGGACGCAGAACGCAGUGGAGCCAUGUCCCUGCUCCAGCAAGGAAAGCAGUUGUUGGAAGAGAAUGGAGAUGUCCUCUUGAGCCUGCAGAGAGCUCACGAGCGAGCAGUGAAGGAAAAUGUGAAAAUGGCCACUGAAAUUUCAAGACUGCAGCAGAAGUUACAAAAAUUAGAGCCGGGGUCAGUAAUGUCUUCUUGUUUAGACGAGCCAGCUACGGGAUUAUUUGGAAGUUCUGUGGAACCGACAGAGCCAUUUUUACUGCAGAGUCAAAUGAAGCAAGUAGAAGGUGUAGCCACACAGCACGCCCUAAGUGACCUACAAGACGACGAGGCCCGGGAUCUGGGAAGCACAGGGACGAGCUCAGCUCAGAGACAGGAAGUCAAAACAGAGGAGUCUGAAGCAUCAAUAGAGAGUUUUUCCGAGCUCGAGAACAGUGAAGAGACCAGGACCGAGACCUGGGACCUGAAGAAUCAGAUUCGUCAGCUUCAGGAACAGCUGAUGAUCUUGCGUGCAGACUGCAGUCGGGCUUCUGAAAAGAAACAGGACCUACUUUUUGACGUUUCUGUGCUAAAAAAGAAACUGAAGAUGCUUGAGAGAAUCCCUGAGGCUUCCCCCAAAUAUAAAUUGUUGUAUGAAGAUGCCAGCAGAGAAAAUGACUGUCUUCAGGAAGAGCUGAGAGUGAUGGAGGUGCGCUAUGACGAAGCACUAGAACAUAACAAAGAUCUCACUUCAGAAGUUUUCAAAUUGCAGGAUGAGCUAAAGAAAGUUGAAGAGGUGACCGAGACCUUCCUCAGCCUGGAAAAGAGUUACGAUGAGGUCAAGAGAGAAAACGAGGAACUGCAUGUUCUGGUUUUGAGACUUCAAGGCAAGAUUGAGAGGCUCCAGGAAAGAGCGGUGCUGCGCUGUGACUGCUUCUCCUUAUGGGAAGCCCAUUUAGAUAGCCUGGAAGUCCAACCUGAAGAGAAGGUGCCCGGACGACAUCAGGCACAGGAAGAGCAUGUACCCACAGUGAUGAAUGUCCACCAUAUUCUAGAAGAACAUUAUCAAGAAAACCAGUACCUCGAGCAGGAGAACGCACAGCUCGUGGGAGAAGUAAAAGCAAGUGAAAUUUCCUGGCUUCACAGAACAAUCCGGACACGUCGAGAGAAGCCCAGAGUACAGAACCAAGUUCUACUGGAGGAAGACAUCGCUCUGCUGGGCCUUCAAGACAGACACCUUCAGCGUCAGGCCACCAUAGCAGAGUUGGAACUGGAGAAGAAGAAGCUGCAGGAGCUGACAAGAAAGCUGAGGGAGAGAGUCACUACUUUAGUUAAGCAAAAAGAUGGACCUUCUCAAGGAGAAAACGAAGAGGAACUAAAGGCAAUGAUGCAUGACUUGCAAAUCACAUGCAGUGAGAUGCAACAGAAAGUUGAACUUCUGAGAUGUGAAUCUGAGAAGCUUCAAGAAGAAAAUUCUAUUUUGAGAAGUGAAAUUACUACUUUAAAUGAAGAAGAUAGCAUUUGUAACCUGAAAUUAGGGAAAUUAAAUGGAUCUCAGGAAGAAAUGUGGCAGAAAAUAGAAACUGUAAAACAGGAAAAAGCUGCAGUUCAGAAGAUGGUUGAAAACCUAAAGAAACAGGUUUCAGAAUUAAAAACCCAAAACCAACAAUUGGAUUUGGAAAAUGCUGAACUUAGCCAAAAGAACUCUCAGAAUGAGAAAGACCUGCAAGAACUUAAUCAACGUCUGGCAGAAAUGCUAUGCCAGAAGGAUGAAGAGCCAGGAUGCAGUACACUGGAGGAAUGGAAACAAGAACAGUCUAAUCUGAAGGAAGAACUGGAACAAUGUAAAGUGCAGUCCUCCACUUUAGUGUCUUCUCUGGAGGCAGAACUUUCUGAAGUGAAAAUACAGACUCAUAUUGUGGAACAGCAGAACCUCCGUCUCAAAGAUGAACUGGAGAAAAUGAAACAACUGCACAGAUGUCCUGAUCUCUCUGACUUCCAGCAGAAACUUUCUAGUGUUCUUAGCUACAAUGAAAAACUGCUGAAAGAAAAGGAAACUCUCAGUGAGGAACUAAAGAGCUGUGUGGAUAAGUUGGCAAAAUCAAGCAUUUUAGAGCACAGAAUUGCUGUGAUGAAGCAAGAACAGAAGUCGUGGGAACACCAGAGUGAGACCUUAAAGUCGCAACUAGUGGCUUCACAGGAAAAGGUUCAGAGUUUAGAAGACACCCUCCAGGAUGUAAACCUGCAAAUGUCCCUGAUUAAAUCUGACCUCCGAGUGACUCAGCAGGAAAAGGAGGCUUUAAAACAAGAAGUGUUGUCUUUAUAUAAGCAACUUCAGAAUGCUGGUGACAAGAACUGGGCCCCAGAAAUAGCCACCCAUUCAUCAGGAUUCCAUAACCAGAAGCAAAGGCCAUCUUGGGACAAGAUGGAGCAUCUGAUGGAGCAGGAACAACAGCUGUGUAGGCAGGAGAACGAGAGACUGCAGACUGCGGUGCGGAACACCAAAGCGGAACUCACGCACUCGCGGGACAAGGUCCGUCAGCUGGAAUCCAACCUUCUUCCCCCCAAGCACCAAAAACAUCUAAACUCAUCAGGUACUGUGAAGCCUACAGAGCAAGAGAAAUUGAGCCUAAAGAGAGAGUGUGAACAGUUUCAAAAGGAACGAUCUCCUACUAAUAGGAAGCAGGUCAGUCAGAUGAAUUCCCUUGAAAGAGAAUUAGAAACAAUUCAUUUGGAAAAUGAAGGCCUGAAAAAGAAACAAGUAAAACUGGAUGAGCAGCUAAUGGAGAUGCAGCACCUGAGGUCCACUGUGAUGCUUAGCCCAGCCCCUCAUGCGUGGGAUCUCCAGCUGCGCCAGCAGCAAGCCUGUCCGACGGUGCCCAGGGAGCAGUUUCUGCAGCUUCAACAGCAGCUGCUGCAGGCAGAAAGGAUGAACCAGUGCCUGCAGGAGGAACUUGAAAACAGGACCUCCGACACCAACACACCACAGGGAAACCAGGAACAACUGGUAACUGUCAUGGAAGAACGAAUGAUGGAAGUUGAACAGAAAUUGAAACUGGUGAAAAGGCUUCUUCAGGAGAAAGUGAAUCAGCUCAAAGAACAACUUUGCAAGAAUACUAAAGCAGAUGCGAUGGUGAAGGAUCUGUAUGUUGAAAAUGCCCAGUUGUUGAAAGCUCUGGAAAUGACUGAACAGCGACAAAAAACAGCAGAGAAGAAAAAUUACCUCCUAGAAGAGAAGAUUGCCAGCCUCAGUACUAUAGUCAGGAAUCUGGCACCAGCACCACUGACUUCUACACCUCCCUUGAGGUCAUAGCCAAGCCAAAGGAUACACUCCUAUUUGUGCACUUUACUGAAAUGGAUGGAACGUUUCAGUACAUUCUCUCAACUUUUUUUUUUUUUAAACCUUUACUGGUUUAAAGUUCAGCAUAACCUAAAACUGCCUGCAACAAAACUGGACUCUCCAUUCACUGUAAUUAGUUUUUCUAAAGAGACUCUCAUGGAGCUGCAAAUAGAUAUUCACAUAUCUGUUUAACUUAUUCCCCAGUUUUUAAAGUUCAAAACAUGUCCUAAUAGCCACCAAAAAGGCGGAUAUAUGAACACAAUGCAAGAAUCUUAAAACCCCCGGUUGUCAGUUUUUUUUAAUAUCAUGUACAAAUCUGUGUAAAUUCCAGAUAUUUUAAGUUUGAGAUCUGAUGAAAUUGUUUUGAUCUUUAUUUGAAAACUGUGUCUUCUUACAGUUUAAUAUGGAAAAGUCAUUCUGUUUCUAGUAAUUUUGGCUCUUUGGUAGCCGACCCUGAGCUCAAUAACCACAGAGGGCGCAAGAGCCAGAGCCUGUUUACUUGACCUUCUAACACCUAUGGCAGUAUUACCACUCCUGAUCAAUUAGACAUACUAAAAACUGAUUUACUCAACUGCACUGUUAACUAAGGUUAAAACUUUACUUGAUUUAAAAAAAAAAAAAAAACUUUUUUUAAGCA